AUGAAGCGCGCCUCAGCGGCGGCAAAGGGUCGAGGAGCGGCUCACCCUGCCCCCAAGCCUGCAUCGAGGAGGGGAUCCGUGAGCAAGUACGUGACCCUCGAGGAGCGUUUCGCAAAGGGUGGAGCUGCGUCGUCACCACUGGGAAAGCCGAAGCCACCGGUGACGCUGUCACCUACCGGCCGCGGCAAGGCUCCAGCCGCAGUGGGCACGCCUACCGCGGCCAAGGCCGCGGCGAUGGCUGCGGCAGGCAAGGCACAUCCUGCCGCCGCAGGGGCGGUACCACCACCGGCAGGCGCCGCGCCGGCCGCUGCCAAGGGUGCUCCGGCGACGCAGGGAGCCGACGCCUUCAUCUACGAGGAGUACGGAUUCCCGUCGGCGGCCGAGCCCGUGCCAGCGGCCAACCCGCUGCUCAUCUUCUCGGUGCUGGUCUCCUACUUUCUUUUUGUGGCAGCCUGCUUCCUCAUCAUCAAGUACGCCUACCAAGGAUACGAUGUGAACGCACCGGACGUCGGCACGGUGACCAGCAAGGACAUCCACGCGCCGCUCCAGUUUGACGAGAAAGACCUUGAGGACAAACCGUCAAACAAAGCAAGGCGCUUCGCAGACGGUCGUAAGUAUACGUAA